UGGACACUAGUACACGUGUUGACGUGUCUGCAUUUGUAUGUCCUCGCUUUUAUUGCCAUUGUGGAGGAGCGGACUCGAGCGAUCCUGCGAUGCCAGUUUUGACAGAACCCAGUCACGGUGGCAGUGUUGCAUCAGACUUGUGUGGGUUGAACUGAGCGCGCUUCUCGUCAGACCGGCCUACUGUCACCCUCCACGCAGCACUGCCACUCUCCCAGGGAAUCCCACCUAGUUGGACUCUGGCCUGACACUGGCUGAAAGGCAGAAUCGGGAAUAAAGAGUGUGGGAAUCCAAGAGGAGAGAGCUCAGCACAAGUGGAUCCCAUCACAGUUGAGGAUUGGCUCCCAGGAUAUCCCUGAGACACUCAUCACACAGAGGACUGGACAGCACUGCAAACCUGUCAUGACAUGGACUUUGACCAGGAAACUGCAAUAAUGCAGCUGUUCCACCUGUCUUUACAGCACUAGAGAUGGACACUUUGGAUUUCAUUAUCGACCAGCCUCCUGGAUGACUGAUAAACAUCUUGGUUCUCUGAUCGAAGGAUCUGCAGCUACACGGAUUGGACAGAUGAACCAGAGGAACAGACCUGUCUUGACUAGUGUCAGCCAUGUCUGAGAUGGAGGACUAUUCCCCAGCUCGGCAUGGCCACAGAGUGCUCCGUGUGCGGCUGGACCCGGUCCUGAUCCAGAGACGUGCUCUGGAGGAGCAGGUGGAGUUGUGGUGGUUCCGGGAGCCUCUGCGCUCCCUGCUGUGCUACUGCACCUCAGUGGGCCUGGUCCUGGGCCUGGGGCUCGGUGGCGUCGGCCUCCUCUCCACCACCACCAGCCUGUCCGGGGAGUGGCGUCUGGGGGUUGGCACCACACUCUGCCUCCUGGCUCUGGCUGUCCUGCUCAAACAGUUGCUCAGCUCUGCCGUGCAGGACAUGAACUGCAUUCGCAGUCGGCGGCGUAUCGAGCAGUUGAAAAGCGGCGGGUGUGCCGACCCCGUGCUCAUCCUGGUGACGGGGCUGGCGUUGCUGCUCUGUGGCGGGGUGCUGAUGCAUGUGGCGCUGGCCAGUGGGCACCACCAGCCUGGGCAGAGGCUCAGGGACAUGUUCCUGUCUGGGAUGGUCCUGCUAGGGGCUGGAGGGUCCAUGGAGCUGGCUGUGGGCGGGUACCUGCUGGUGGUCUACCUACAGGAAAGGAGGGACAGGAGGGUGGGACAGGGGAGGAGGGCUGGGAGGCUGAGGACCAGGGCUGUCAGGGUGAUGACAGUCUCAGGUCAGAUGAACCUGGCUGGGAGAGAAGCCUCUUCCAGCAGAAUCAGCCUCAUCUGAGGAAGAGAGGCGAGGUCAGAAGAGAUGUAGGGAGAAGACGCAUGGAUCCAGCAGUGAGAGGAUCUGGGAGAUCUCAAUGGGUUUAUUCAUUGUUUGCUGUUGUGGUGUCAGUCGAUAACGGCUGACACAUUUGUAUCUGUCUGGGUCAUCUGUAGCUGUGUACUGUAGUGUACAAAGGUAACUUUAAGAAGGUAUCCAGGUAUCUUUAAGAAUUUAUUCACAAGGGUUUUCAAAUGGUUGUCCAAU